AUGACCCCCAAGGUACAAUACUCGCCAUGUUCUGAUUCAACCGAUGCAUUGGAGAAGGAUACGAAUCCUGAAGAAUGCGGAUUUCUAUUUCCAUCCAACAAUAGAGGUCUUAAGUGGGGGGGUCGAUCUAACGUCUGGCACCAGGUGCUAUCUGUCACGAUUUUCACCCUGCUGACAGUCUUGGUGAUUCUCACUGGAACGUUACUGUUCUGGUUCAAAUCAUCUUCCCUCGGUCAUCCAGAUGGGCCAAGCCAGUUGGAUUAUUUCCUCUACUCCCCGUCGGGCGACAAGCAGCAUCCGGAGAUGGUGGAGAAAAUCUACCACGAUUAUCACGAUGACUUCCUGAAUUUUAAUACCACAAUAUCUCAACAACACUGGCGAAGUCUUUUCCCGGUGGGAGAAGGUAUGAUCGGCUUGACCGACCAACAGGUCAUUGAUAUGGAUCUCCAUCAUUCCGUUCGUGGCGUGUCAGACCCGAAGAGACACAUCUACCUGGUGGCCGCAUUUCACCAACUGCAUUGCUUAAGCCAAGCGCGAUCGAUCAUCAUGCAUCUCUUCCAGGACCCAAAUUAUACCAUCCGUGAAGCCACCUAUCAUCACACCAUGCACUGUGUGGAUAUUGUGCGCCAGGCGCUGAUGUGUGCCUCGGACUCGACCCUUAUCUGGAAGGAAUAUGACGUGAAAUGGCCUGGAGAGGGAGGAACGAGGGUCUGCCGGAACUUCGAUGCGUUAACCCAAUGGGUGGUUGACCAUCAAUAUGUGUCUCAGUCGUUUGACCCCGCUCUCCUACCACACACAGAAUAUUGA